AAAAUUACAUUACAAAUUUCUUUAUGAAAUACAAUUUUCAAAUAUAACCAAAUUUUCAAUUACGAAUCAAUUUCUGUCAAACUUUUGUCUGAAAUCUUAAACUUACAUUUCGAUUUUUGUCCUAAUAUAUACUUAUUAGAUAUGUGUGAUCUAUUCAUUUCAAAAUCAUAAAUCCAAAGUUAUGUAAAUGUAAUUAAAAACUAGCCGCUUGUCAUAGACAUGUAUGGGACGUCAACGAAGAUCCAUCAUAUGAACAAUGAGAUAGUUGACAAUUAAAUAUGGAUUUCGCCGGUUGCGUUUUAGGGUUUUUACUUUCCCUCACGAUCGUUAUAUCCGCACGAAGCGAACUCAUUACAUUUGGUGUAAUAGGCUCGAUCGGUUCAUUAUUAGGCGGUGCAGGUUAUUAUGGUUACGAAUGGUACAAAUGCAAGUACGUGGAAUGCUGUACAGAUGAAUACGUCCUUUCUGAUUUAGACAGACUGGAAUAUAUGUUAACUGCUAAGUUAUACGGGCAACAAAUUGCUCAAGAUACAAUCAUAAAUGCACUGCGGGGACAUUUGGCAAAUAAAAAUUCACCCAAAGCACUGGUUAUGAGUUUCCAUGGCACGCCAGGAACUGGCAAAAACUAUGUAGCUCAAAUGAUUGCCAUGGCGUUUUAUAAAACGGGCAUCGAGAGCCAAUAUUAUCAUUUUUUUAAUGGCCGCAACGAUUUUCCUUUGCAACAAAAAGUAGACGAAUACAAGGAAGAUCUGUACAAAAUUGUUUCUAAUGGUCUAAAACAAUGUGAGAGAUCGUUAUUUGUGUUCGACGAAGUGGACAAAAUGCCGGAAGGCUUAUUGAACAUACUGGUUCCCUUUCUCGACUAUAACGUGUAUCACAAAUCCUCCAAGCAUAGUGAGUCCGUGUAUCAGAACAAGGCUAUUUUCAUAUUUCUCUCGAAUACUGGCAGUGCUAAUAUAGUGCAGCAUCUCACGGGUUUGUGGGAGAAGGGCAGGAAACGGGACGAUACUCGGUUGCAGGACUUUGAGAAGUUGAUAGCUGAUGGCGCGUUCAGUGAAAAAGGCGGUUUUCAUCGUAGUGACACUAUACAGACCAGCGUGAUAGAUCACUAUGUGCCUUUCCUGCCUCUAGAAGAGAUACACGUUAAAAAGUGUCUGGCGAGGGCUUUUUCCGAGCGAGGCGUCACUCCAAAAGAGGACAUGAUAGAGGAGGCAUUGUCAUACUUGACUUUCGGUCCCGAACCGUAUAAACUAUAUUCAAUGGCCGGCUGUAAGAGAAUAGAGCAAAAAGUUGCUUCUAUUGUUUAUCGUAAACAAUCAGAAUCCAAAAUUGAUAAUUAAGAUAAUAUGAAAUACUCAAGAUAUUGGUAAUAAAAAUAAUAAAACAGAUGAAAAACUGUUGUAAUGUAA